AUGUCCAUUUUAACCUUGUAUAAGUCUAAUUCUAGAUCUGCUCUAUCCAGAGAUAAAAAUGAAGGCCAAUCAAAAAAUACUCCUAUGAAAUUGAUCAAAUCCCAAUAAUAGGACAGAGAAAAACUGUACAAUAGUCAAAUCAUGCAAAAUGCCUUGAUUGAAUCAUGCAAGAAAUCUAAGGAAAACAGAAUGAAUUCUCCAACUUUCAAAGUGACAGACACCAUUAUAUAAGCAAAUCAAGAUGCAAUGGCAUAAAAAUCCGGGAAAAAGAAAGGUAUAUUUAGUGGAAUAGAUUCCUAAAUAGACCCUUUUAGAAAUGUCCAUACAUCUACUAAUAAGACGAAUGUUAAGUUGAUGAUGUUUAAUGAUGGACAUUAUAUGAAAAAAUAUCAACAAAAAUAAACAGAUAUGCAACAAGAAAAGAAUUACAGAUAUUCAAUAAAAGUGUUUUAACAAGAGUAGAAAUAGGAUGUGGCUCAAAAAAAGGUUAGGAAGAGUGUUCCAGGAUAACCGGUGGCAAAGGAUCCCAUCUUGUCUCCAGAUUCAAAGGUGGAUAAAAAACUCAGGAUUUCUUGUUCACAUUAGAUUGAACACAAGGAGUAGAUAGAAAGUAUAAAAACAUAUAAGCAUGCAAACUCAUCUUCUGGAUUUCGAGGGAGUGUUCAAGAAGGUCAAAAGAAUGAUGUUAGUCCAAUCAAGAUGAGACAAAGUAAUACCUACAAAAGUGAAAUGAAAAAUAUAUUAACUCAAGAUGAGAACUUCUUAAAACUUUUUUCAAGAACUGAUUAUAAAGGGAGUGACAAUAUCAAAAAGUCAAAGAAGCCUUGCUUAAAAAUGGAUGUCCCAAGACCGAUAUCUGCAUUUGCUUUUUAUGAGAAGUGA